AUGACGGAAGUCGAGAGCGAUAGUGUCAGUGAACACGUUCAGGAUGACUAUUAUAAGGCAUAUUUGGAGGAACUAGAACCUUCCUCAAAGCAAUAUAACUUCGCUGUACAGAGACUAACCAGAGAGACCAAGAGAAAUACAAGAGUGGAGAAUAUCAAUCUUGAUUUUGAAGAUUUUCAGGAUUCUGAUGGGCUAUGUCCUAACGAGAUUAGCUUUUCUUCCUCUUGCUCUGAAACACUUAGUGAUAAAACCUCUAAACCACAGUCUCCUAGUCCACAAAAGAAGCUUAAAUAAAAAAGUCCUAAAAAAGUCAAAAAGACUACCAUCUAACUUCACCAGCAAAUUCAUCCAAAACAUUUCAACCAUGUCUUCCAAAUUACUCAAAUCCAAGGUCCAAAAACACAAAAAGCAGAAAUAAAUUACUAGACUACCAACAAAAAUUCUGGCUGAAUGAAAGUGCCAAAAUCUCCUCCAAGAAGAGGGCUACUUCUAGGAAGAGCUCGAAGAAGAGCAAUGUUAACAAGAGCAUUGGGAUGAGCUUUAAGAUGCCAAGGAGGGAAACAAGGAGAUGAACGAUUGAUUUGCAGAGUAGGUUGAGAGUGGAGGUUAGAGGAGCUAAGGAUGUAACGAAGAAUGGUAACCUGUCCCAAACCCCAUUAUCCCAUACCUCCAAAUUCAAAUCCCGUAAAAGCUACGAAAUUGGCCAGAUAAACCUUAUCAAAACCUUAAAACCUCACAAACCUCGCAAGAAUCCAAAACUUCACAAAUAUUCCAAAACUCUCGGCCAAAAAUCCCGCUUGGCCUAUCCAAAAAUGCCAAAGAAAAAGCUGUCAUCGACCCGAUCUUUCAACACGGCCAAGUUCAUCCAAGCUAGCUUCAAGCUAGGCUCUAAGCCUAGCUCAAAGGCUAGGAUUACUAGCCCAAGCAGCGAGAAGGCUAUAUCACGCAUUGGAUACCCAAACCUCAAAGGCUUUAAGAAAAGUAAAAAUAGCACUUCAUGUAAAAACAGUAAACAAGAAGGUGUUGAGAAAGUCACUCAAGCAUCAGAUUAUACUAUUAAAUCUCAAGGGUUAUCUCAAAAGGACCAAAACAUCUCUAAUUUCACAAACGCUUGCUCAGAUCUUGAUGGACCUUUCAACAGCUACAUGGCCGUCACCAGGAAAGCUCUGAGGAACUUGAAUAAGAACAGAGGUUUAUACCAAAUGUCUCCUCUUCUGCUCUAACUCCCCGUACAGAAUAUUAAAAUGUUAUGCUUCUC